AAAAUUUUGUUUACAUGACUGACUUUUUAAAGGGGUGUGUAAAUAUGGUGUAAAUACUUCUGGUGGAUAUUUGGCGAAUGCAGUAAUUGGAUUUAACUUGCUUUGAUAAAGGGAAACAUAAAUGGAUAAUGAGCGAUUCAGAUGAUACAGAUGUUUUGCUUCUAAUUCCACCUGACCUCUUCCUAGUACCAUCAUCUUCAGAGUCUGAUGUUAGUUCUGAUCAAGUGAACACAGACUUUAGUAGUAAAAGAUCUGGAGUGAUAUCAGAACUUGUGGGGCAUAUGCAAUCACUGGAAAGCAGAAUUUCUGCUAUUGAAUCCAAAGAUAACAGUUUAGAUGCUACUUUGCUAAACAAUUCAUUGGAUUCAAAAAUUCAAAACAACUCUGGUGCCAAAUUAAGGCAGACUUUACCUAGAACUAGAUUCUCUAUAAGUCAAAGUUCUAGUUUACAAAAUACACCUAUAAAACCCUGUCAAUCCCUGUCUGUUCCAACAACUCCCAGUUCAUUGUCAAAUCAUAUUAAUUUCCAUCAAAAUGAUGUGAAGUCAGAGGAUCAUUUUCCUAUGGCUAUCGGUACUAAUGCAACUAACACUAAUGAAUACAACAAGAAUAAGCAUGACCCUGUAAUGUCCCAUUCCUCUGUGGUGCUAUCUUCUACUGCUUGCAAUGUGGGUUUCCCGCAUGUUACUUUCUCCAAAAGGGAACCAUGUUCUUAUUCAACUAAUAGUACAAAUACAAAUAAUAUGUAUGUUAAACCGUGUUCUAAUCAGUUGCAUUCAAUGCCAUCUACCUCAACUUUGUUCAGCCCAAGGGAACAGCCAUCAUACUCUAAAACUAGCAUACAAGAAAUGGAGCUCUUUGAAGUUGAUGAACUGCUUCAAGAAAUGGAAGCCACUGAACUAGAGUUAUCAAAAAGAAUCAAUAGAGUUUCAAUGCAUAAAUGUCUUAAGGAAAAAAAUGGUGCGUUAUCGUCUAACGAAAACGAUGAUAUCUGUAGAAGUAAUAAUCGUAAUAGCAUGUACAGGCAUUCAAUCAAUAGAAAGUUGGAAUAUGAGCCACAACAUCAUGAUAUUCUGUCGGCUUUACCUCAAAGGAAAUGUUCUGAAAUUUUUCCUGAUAUAUCCUUACCAUACAAUAAUUCAUUCCAAUCAAAUGAGACUGAUAAAAUGAUCUCGGCAUUUAAAACAUGGGAACAGAGUACACAGAAAUCACUUUCAAAGACUGGAGAAACAGAAAAUACGAAUGACUUAAAGAACAUAAAUAAUGCUAAUAAAUCAGUAGCAAAAGCAUCUGAUACGAAGAAACAAGAAACAGUUACUGAGCAAGCUAAAACAUCAGAUGCUUUAUUGCUUAAUGAAUUAACAAAGUAUAACACUGCAACAUCAACAAUGAGCACUGAAUAUAAUUUACCGCAUUUAUCAGAAACAUAUCAAAGUUCUGAACAGAAUGGUAAUGUCAGGCAUAUGAAAGAAACGAGUGAUGUUCCAUUUGUUAAGAGUAUUUGUCAUGCUUCAACAAAUACAGAUUUUUUCCCAAGGAAAUCGCAACGACUUUUAUCAUUAUCAGAUUUCUGGGAUAACAACGGCACUAAGUCGCAAGAAGAAAUUCGUAGAAUUAAAUUAGAAGAAGAAAAAUUUCGUCGAGAGCAUUGUGAACACCUAAUACAGGAACUUCAGAAACGGCUGUUAGAACAGCAGGAGAAAGUAGCUGUAGCACUUAGAGUAGAUAACGAAAAAAAUGAAUUGAUAGGACAAUUUCACAAUGCUUGGUCUAAGUUGAAGCAACGCGUUUACGUUUUAGAAAGCGAGUACAAUGCUUUGCAAACAAAUUUUAAACAUGUAACAGAAAAGCAUCAGUUAGAAAUAUCAGAAUUUCAGUCCCAAAUUAAACGUUCUGAAGGUGAAUUAUCGAAGGCUCUAGACUUAGCAGCAGGGUACAAAGAAAAGAAUGAUACAGCAAUGAAAGAAAGAGUAGAAUUAUUAAAAACUCAUGCUGAUGAAUUAGAAACUUACAAAUCCUUUGUACAAGAAGCAGAGAAUAGAUAUGAACAAUUAAAACUAGAAUAUAGUAAAUUAUCAGAUAGAAAUCAACAGACUGAAGAAGUGUUAAAGAAUCUUCAGCAAGAGUUAGGUAAAGAGAGAUUAAAGGGUGGAGAAGUUAGAAAUGAAAUGGAUGUUAUUCAUAAAGCAUUAGAUACUUGUGAAGCUGAACUAAUUGUUUUAAGACAAGAAAAAGAAAAUUUACAAUUGAAAGUGAAAGAAGAAAACAAUCGAAACGCUAUUCUAGAACAAAAAAAUAUUUCACUGCUUUCCUUACUUGAUGAUGCGAAAAAGGCAGAGAAAUUAGCUAAGGAUGAAACAAAAACUCUUGAAGAAGAGAAAGAAAAAAUUAGAUCAGAAUUACAAGAAAUCUAUCAGAAACAGGUUGAUGAAGUUGUCAAAGUAAAGUUGCAGGAAUUUCAGACUCAACUUGAUACAGCUGAGUCAGAAUUUCUUGAGGAAUUAAAAACUAGACAACAAGUUAUUGCUGAAUGUGCAGCUAGGAAAAUUAAAGAUAUUAUAGAUAAGCAUCAAUUAGAAAUCAAUUUAUUAGAAGAGAAACAUAAAGAAGAGAAACGAUUAUGUGAACUUCAGUUAGCUGAAGCUUUACAGAAAUCUAGCAUGUUAGAAACACAAUUGAAUUCUCAACGGGCCACUAAGUCCCAACUUGCAGAACAGCUUCAUUCUGUAAUGCAAAGGCAAUGGCAAAAAGCUUUACAAAUUAUAUCAGGCGGUAACAUGGAAAAUUUGACACCGCUUCAAAAAAUUCAUGCUGAAAAAUUGUUCGAGUAUAAAGGUCCAAAAAAGUCUGAAUCAAUGCCAAAUUGUUGUACAAAACUUUCCCAAGAACCAAUUAGAUUAACGACACAAUUGUCGGACGUAAAAAAUUUUCAUGAUUAUAAUGGAAGUAUGAGUAGCAUGACGCCAAUUGAUGAUACUCCAUUAACAAGUAGAAAAGAAACAAAGGAUGAUCUUAGAAAAUAUAUAAAAAUGAUUGCUGAGCUACAACAGUCAAAGGAAGAAUUUUCCAAAAUCAGAGAAAAUAUUCCAAGCCCCUCCUUAGUUUGUAGAGAAGUGCCACGGAAACAUUACUUAAAACAGGAAUCGAGUAUUAAAGAUGAAGAUAGUAGUACGUGGCAACCAGUAUCAGAUGCUACUCAUGAUACUAGUGAAUUUAUUCCAAUCCCUCAAAAAGUAUUUACUAAAGGAGAUCAACAGAAGAUUAAACCACCAUGGAAAUGACCUGUUAUCAGUAAUUUUAUAGAUGAUAUCGGUAUCGAUGAAGUUGAUUAUGUCCAACCAAUGUAUUUAGCUAGCUAUAAUUAAGAUGUAUGCAACAGAUAUUUUUUACUUUUAAUAAAAUAAAUUUUAUACAAUACAA